ACGAUUUCCUCCAGGUGCUCAAGUGAAAUCAUCUAUGUGCUUCAUUCACCCAGAACACGGGCAGGAGUGCAGAUAUUGUAGGCCUGUAUGUGCUCAUCAACCGUUUCCAUUAAGACCUGGAAAUGACCUACAUUUUUUCAGCUGGAAUUGACUCAGACUGAGGAACGUUUAAAUCAACAUUUCACCUUCACAAGAGCAUUGCACAACACUCGCUUCAGGCAGCAGUCAUGCUUUUCAAAGACGUGGAUGUAUUUUGGGUGCAUUUCCUCCUAGGUCUAACAGCUGUGCAGUGUGAAUGGAGUGUGACCCAUUCUUCAAGACGGGUCUGUGGUCUUAAAGGGGCAUCAGUGGUCCUGUCCUGCACAUACCAGUAUCCAUGGAAAGGUCGUGGAGACACGUAUGGGGGAGGAGAGUGGUAUGGAGAGAAGAGCCAGAGAGUCAUAAAACACAGUCACUCUAAUUAUCCUGACUGCAGCCUGAACAUAGACAAACUGUCAGAAAAUCACACUGGUGUUUAUAAAUUUAGGUUUUAUACAGCUCUUCACUUGACGUGGAUAACAGACAAGACUGGUGUUGUUCUCUCAAUCACUGAUCUGCAGGUGAAGGAGGAGGCUGUUUCAAGGAAACAAAAUCAGAUUAAGGUGACCUGCAGCACCUCCUGCAUUUUGGGCUCUGAAUAUGUCUGGUACAAAAAUGGACAGAUUCUACAAGGCAAAACCACAGCCUCCAUUCUACUGGACUCAACUAAACUCCCUGAAAAGGGAAACUACUACUGUGCUGUCAGAGGCUAUGCGGCUCACCGCUCCCCUGCACAAUGUAUUCCAAGAAAACAGUGUUGGGGCGCGACAUACUCAUCAAACAGCAUCUGUGCAUUAAAGGGUUCCUCUGUGGUCAUUCCCUGCACUUACAAAUAUCCCAGAGAUCACAGAAUCAAAACAAAAUACUGGUUUAACAAACAAAAAUCCAAUAAUCACCCUGAAGACUUACUUUUAAAUAAAGAAUAUUGGAAUCAUGUACAGAAUCUUGGGAUAGAAGAUAAUAAUUGUACCCUGAGACUGAAAGACAUCGGAGUUGGUCACUCUGGAGAAUACGCCUUCAGGUUUACAACAGAACAGGGAGAGGGUUACACAGGAUUACCUGGAGUCACCAUCAUUGUUACAGCUCUGCAGGUCAUGGUGACUUCUGCUGCAGUGACAGAGGGAGAGAGAGUGACACUGACCUGCAGCACCACCUGCACUCUGAGUGACCACCCCACCUUCACCUGGUUCAAGAACUCUCUCAUCCACAAGCGCACCACUGACAAGAACCUUCACUUUGACCUAGUCCAAGGACACGACUCAGGCAAUUACUCCUGUGCUGUUAGAGGACAUGAGAGUGUCGCCUCCAUUGAUGUCUUCCUCUACGUCAGAUAUGAACCAAAGAAUGUCUCAGUGUCACUGAGCCCAUCUGGUGAAAUAGAGGAGGGCACUUUGGUGACUCUGACCUGCAGCAGUGAUGCCAACCCACCAGUUCACACCUACACCUGGCAUUUUACUACACCUGCACGGUGGUCUGUCAUGGGCACGGGGGAGAGUCUGACCUUCAACAUGACCCCCGUUCACAGUGGACUUUACCAUUGUGAAGCACAAAAUGAAGUCGGCUCCCAUAACUCUACUGACGUCCUUUUAGAUGUCAAAAAGGAAGAAGAUGCUGCUUGGCCUGUGAACGCUGGAAUAAUCAUUUUUAUGGUUAUUGUCAUCCUACUGGCUCUUGGGAUUGUGAGCUUGAGGAAGCGGGGUGCUAAAUCGACAGCAAAUACACAGCGUGCACUGGAAAACGCACAGAGUGACCUAACCACGGUGUACAGCAUCAUCUCAGCACACACUUUGCCCUCUGACCUCACACAGAGAGUGGGCUCUCAUGGUCUGGGUGACGUCCAGUACGCCAGCGUUCGUUUCAGUCGCACCCGCCGACAGGAAGCAUCGUCCAGAGGACUUGAAGACUGUGUUGUGUACAGCAAUGUGAGGGAUCUCUCGCAGUCCUGAGAGGCAGAGGACUAGGAGUGCCCUCCUCCACAUUCAUCUAGACCAUCAGGGAGAACACAUGAAGCACGUGUGCGGACCCUCACUCCAGCACUGCGCUCGCUGCUGAGGAUGUCUGUGUCAUGACACUGUAUUAAUUGGAAUUAGUUGAUAGCAGGAUCGAUGUGCAUGUUACACUAUGCAAAAUUGUUCUUUAGAACUUUCUGUACAAAGUGUAGGUAGAGUAAUGAUUACUGGAUCAGAGUAACGAUUACUGUAAUGACUAUUACUGGACUGGCAUCCGUACAUAAAAUUAAAUUAGAUGGACAAGAUGCCAAAAUACUAAAAUCACUUUUUGUUAUUAGGUAUUUAAAUAUGUUGGAUCAUUUAGAUUUCUUAAAUCAUAUUAAUAAUUCUCAUUUACAGUGUAGCAUCUCAUAGCACCAAAAUAACUAACAAGUCUUAUUUGUAACAUUAAAUGUUAAUGCAAAUUGUCAAAUCAAUAAUAUAUUACGACUGUUCAGUUCACCCAUUCUGUGCCUUUAACUCACUGGGCGAUCUAGUUUUGCAG